AAACCAUCAUGUUCGCGUUCCGUGCCUGUCUUCUCGUGGCUCUGGCCAGCUGCGCCCUCGCCGGCUACGCCAGCCCGUUGUACGGCUACAGCGCCCCGUUGGCAGCCUACCACGCCGCCCCAGUGUACAGCAGAGUCGUGGCCCCAGCCGUCACCGCCGUCCAUCACGGAGCAGCCGUGUCCCACGUGUCCAGUGUGAGCAGCUACCGCAGCCAGCACCCCGUGGCCACCCCGGUCGCCCGCUACGCCUCCGUCCACACGGCCCCGGCUGUGGCCACUGUCCACACCGUCCCGGCCGUCGCCAAGGUCGCCGCCUACGCUGGUCCCGCGUUCUCCGCUGUUCAUGCGGUCCCGACUCACGGAUACGGCAUCGGAUACGGCUACGGUCUGGGCACUUACGGACUUCGCUACGGUCAUGGCCUGAGAACCUACGGCUACGGACUUGGCUACCAUUUGUAAACACUAUAGUUUACUUUUAAAACGGCGAUAAAUAAAGCUUCUGGUUCAACUGUAAA